AUGAUUAGAUCAAAUUCUGUAUCAGUAGAGUCCUUGUAUUUGAUGGUGCAGUUCCCGAGCCACGAAAUGGGAUUAGAAGGAGUGCCUAUUAUGUUGCUUCGAAAUCUAAAUCAAUCUGAAGGAUUAUGUAAUGGUACAAGGCUCAUUAUAACCGCUCUAGGAGACAUGAUCUUAGAGGCUCAGAUAAUAACUGGAACGCAUAUUGGAAAAAUUGUUCUCAUUCCAAGGAUAUGUCUACCGCUGAAAACAAUCAGAGUUCCUUUUGUGCUAGAAAGAAGACAAUAUCCUAUAAAAAUUUGUUAUGCUAUGACAAUCAACAAAAGUCAAGGUCAAACACUAUCACAAGUAGGUAUCUACCUCAAAAAACCUGUAUUCACCCAUGGGCAGCUUUAUGUAGCUAUAUCUCGAGUGACUUCCAAAGAAGGUUUGAAAAUAUUGAUUGAAGAUGACGAUGGAAGGUCAAGCAAAGAGACAAAGAAUAUAGUUUACAAAGAAAUAUUCAGUCGCAUUGCCACUGAUGCUACUAUCACGUCCUCAUAG